UCUUUGUGUUGGUUUUAUGUUCUACUAGGCUUGUUCCCCGUAGAAGUAGUACAUUGCCGUAAGACCCUAAGAUUGCGAAGCAUGAGUACUGAGCUUAAAUUAUAACUUUAUGCUAGGCCCAAGGCAAUUUGUAAAUCCGUUUGUCAGUUCGCAUUUGCACGCAAUGGCGACGCUCUUUGACAAUAGAUGUGAAAGUGUAAUUGACCUGUCAAUAGGCGCACCGUCGCGGGAUAUGAUGCCAAUUAGUAUGAUGGCAGCAGCCUGUCAUACAGCUCUGAGCUGCGAAGAUGCUUGGCAUUCAUUUCAGUACGGGCCAGAGAGUGGGGAUCAUGCUUUUCGAGAAGAACUGGCUGUCUUACUAUCAACUCAAAUUUUGAAUUUGGACUCUGACCAACAUACCCCAGUACAAAGCCAUACCUUAGCGUGCACAAGCGGUGCAUCGCAAUCAUUGGCAAAUCUCCUGAGUCUGUUGACACAUCCUAUUUAUACAACCCAUGUCUUUUUACAAUCGCCGACGUAUCAUUUGGUAUUUCAAAUGAUUAAAGAUAGAGGCUUCGAUCAAAAGCAAUUGAUCGCUGUACCUGAAGACGCCGACGGAAUUAAAAUAGAAUGGCUGCAGAAACAACUGGAUGAGCUUCAAAUCGGUGAAAGCUCAAGGCACCCACGUUUCUAUAACGCAGUAUUGUAUACUGUCCCAACUUAUAGUAACCCGUCCAGUACAAUUUUAUCUCCUGAAAGGCGCUUACAACUCGUUGAACUUGCACGUCGGCAUAAUUUACUUGUCAUCUGCGACGAUGUAUAUGACAUGCUGUAUUAUGAUACCACAAUACGUCCACCACCUUCGCUUAUUUCUUACGAUCUUAAUGACAUACAAAGUCGACCUGGUCGGGGCAACGUUAUUAGUAAUGGAACAUUCUCUAAAAUCCUUGCUCCCGGGACACGCUGUGGAUGGAUACAAGCUCGACCUGAACUUAUCAACUUAAUCACAGAGAGUGGUGUAUAUGUUUCUGGAGGCUCUCCUGCACACUUCGUGAGCAAAAUGAUACAUGAAGCAUUGAAAAACGGAUCACUAUCAAAGCAUAUAAAAGACUCGCGCUCAGUGCUUCACGAUCGACUUGUGAACGGAUUAUCGAAACCGAUUGAUAAUUUACUUUUACCUUUGGGGUGCUCGUAUUGUAAACCACGGGGAGGCUACUUUGUUUGGCUCAAACUUCCAAAGUCUAUCAGCAGUAUUCGACUUCAGAACACUAUAGAGAAGCAUAAGAUAAAUGUAUCUUGCGGCUAUGGGUAUAAAUUUGCAGUACCAAGUGAAGGCGAUAUAGAGAGCAAGCUUGAUAUUGGUAGACACAUUAGGCUAUGCUUCGCAUAUUACAACACUUCAGAUUUAAAUACGGCCGUUGGUUAUCUACACCAAGCCAUACAGCUGUGUAUUGAUGAAGCCGAUGAGGAAUGCAACUAACAGAUAUGUGCUUACUCAAACAUUUAAUAAACAGCUGUGAAAAAAUAGGCAUACGAAAGUAGCGGC